UGUAGUGCGUCCAUCGUGUGGCCGCCGUUGUCCGUCGUGUUUCGUGUGAAGAAGAAUCAACACAACACUGAGGCGGUAAAAAGGGACAAAACGAGAGAAAUGUUGUGGUAGCUGUUCGCGUGUGGAUAACAAUUCAACGUAAAGGAGCUUCUCUGUGAGUGCGGGUAGCGAAGCGAGGCGCCAUGGCAGCUACCUUUCCCUUCAGGGGGGUUCCGGGGAGUCUGCCACCAGGUGUACCCCCUCCACCUGCACCGGUCCCAGACUACAUGUCUGAGGAAAAACUACAAGAGAAAGCAAGAAAAUGGCAGCAGCUGCAGGCAAAGCGCUACUCAGAGAAGAGAAAGUUUGGCUUUGUGGAUGCUCAGAAGGAAGACAUGCCGCCCGAGCAUGUCCGCAAGAUCAUCAGGGACCAUGGAGACAUGACCAACAGGAAGUUUCGCCAUGACAAGAGGGUUUACCUUGGUGCCCUCAAGUACAUGCCCCAUGCAGUGCUGAAGCUGCUGGAGAACAUGCCUAUGCCUUGGGAACAGAUCAGAGAUGUGCCCGUACUCUACCACAUCACCGGAGCUAUUUCCUUUGUGAAUGAAAUCCCUUGGGUCAUAGAGCCAGUCUACAUUGCUCAGUGGGGUACCAUGUGGAUCAUGAUGCGUCGUGAGAAGCGUGAUCGUCGGCAUUUCAAGCGCAUGCGCUUCCCACCAUUUGAUGAUGAGGAACCGCCACUAGACUAUGCUGACAACAUCCUUGAUGUGGAACCCCUGGAGGCCAUCCAGAUGGAGCUUGAUCCUGAGGAAGAUAGUUCAGUUGUGGAGUGGCUCUAUGAACAUCAGCCCCUCAAAGACACUGCCAAGUUUGUGAAUGGCACCACCUAUCGUCGCUGGCAGUUCACACUGCCCAUGAUGUCCACACUUUACCGUCUGGCCAAUCAGCUGCUGACAGAUUUAGUGGAUUUCAACUACUUCUACCUGUUUGACCUCAAGGCCUUCUUCACUUCCAAGGCCUUGAACAUGGCAAUUCCUGGGGGACCAAAGUUUGAGCCAUUGGUCCGAGACAUCAACCUCCAGGAUGAAGACUGGAAUGAGUUCAAUGACAUCAACAAAAUCAUCAUCAGACAGCCCAUCAGGACAGAGUACAAGAUUGCAUUCCCCUAUCUGUACAACAACUUGCCACACCAUGUCCACCUCACCUGGUACCAUACACCAAAUGUAGUGUUUAUCAAGACGGAGGAUCCAGAUCUUCCAGCGUUCUACUUUGACCCGCUGAUCAACCCCAUUUCACACAGACAUUCUGUCAAGAGUCAGGAGCCUCUGCCUGAGGAUGAUGAGGAGUUUGAGCUUCCCGAGUAUGUGGAGCCCUUCCUCAAAGAGACCCCACUCUACACAGACCACACAGCCAAUGGCAUUGCGCUGCUCUGGGCACCGAGACCCUUCAACCUCCGAUCUGGCCGUACAAGGCGUGCCAUUGAUAUCCCUCUGAUCAAGAACUGGUAUCGCGAGCACUGCCCUGCAGGCCAGCCAGUGAAAGUUCGAGUGUCAUACCAGAAACUGCUGAAGUACUAUGUCCUCAACGCUCUUAAACACAGACCACCCAAAGCCCAGAAGAAGAGGUAUCUGUUCCGCUCCUUUAAGGCCACAAAGUUCUUCCAGUCCACCAAGCUGGACUGGGUGGAGGUCGGCCUGCAGGUUUGCAGACAGGGCUACAACCAACUGCUCAUCACUACUUUGAAAGAACACUCUUGACUAUGUUAACUAGAACUUAACUACAACUGCCUUCUUGUUUGUGUCCUCCAGGAGAGAAAGAAGUCCAGAUUCGGUAAUGCCUUCCAUUUGUGCAGAGAAGUGCUGCGUCUCAGCAAACUGGUGGUGGACAGUCACGUGCAGUACAGACUGGGAAACGUUGACGCUUUCCAGUUGUCUGAUGGUCUCCAGUACAUCUUCGCUCACGUGGGUCAGCUGACUGGCAUGUACCGCUACAAGUACAAGCUGAUGAGACAAAUCAGGAUGUGCAAAGACCUGAAACAUCUCAUCUACUACCGGUUCAACACUGGUCCUGUGGGCAAAGGUCCAGGUUGUGGGUUCUGGGGUCCUGGCUGGAGAGUGUGGCUGUUCUUCAUGAGGGGCAUCACUCCCCUCUUGGAGAGGUGGCUGGGGAAUCUGCUAGCCAGGCAGUUUGAAGGACGUCACUCGAAGGGAGUGGCCAAGACUGUGACCAAACAGCGCGUGGAGUCUCACUUUGACUUGGAGUUGCGUGCUGCUGUGAUGCAUGACAUCUUGGAUAUGAUGCCUGAGGGUAUCAAACAGAACAAGGCCAGAACCAUCCUGCAGCACCUCAGUGAGUCCUGGAGGUGCUGGAAAGCCAACAUCCCAUGGAAGGUACCUGGCCUCCCGACACCCAUUGAGAACAUGAUCCUGCGAUAUGUGAAGGCCAAAGCUGACUGGUGGACCAACACAGCGCACUACAACCGUGAGCGAAUUCGUCGUGGAGCGACCGUGGACAAGACCGUGUGCAAGAAGAACCUGGGUAGACUGACUCGUCUGUACCUGAAAGCUGAGCAGGAGAGACAGCACAACUACCUGAAGGACGGCCCCUACAUCACGGCAGAAGAGGCCGUCGCCAUCUACACAACCACCGUGCACUGGCUGGAGAGUCGGCGAUUCUCUCCCAUCCCGUUCCCUCCACUGUCCUACAAGCACGACACCAAGCUGCUCAUCCUGGCUCUGGAGAGGCUCAAAGAGGCAUACAGUGUGAAGUCUCGUCUGAACCAGAGUCAGAGAGAAGAGCUGGGACUGAUAGAGCAGGCCUAUGACAACCCUCACGAGGCUCUUUCCAGGAUCAAGCGUCACCUGCUCACACAGAGAGCGUUCAAAGAGGUGGGCAUCGAGUUCAUGGACUUGUACAGCCACCUGGUGCCGGUGUACGAUGUGGAGCCCCUUGAGAAGAUCACUGACGCCUACCUGGACCAGUACCUGUGGUACGAAGCAGACAAGAGACGCCUCUUCCCACCCUGGAUCAAGCCCGCCGAUACCGAACCACCACCACUGCUUGUCUACAAGUGGUGCCAAGGCAUCAACAACUUGCAGGACGUGUGGGAGACGGCAGAGGGAGAGUGUAAUGUGAUGCUGGAGUCUCGCUAUGAGAAGAUGUAUGAGAAGAUUGAUCUGACGCUGCUCAACAGGCUGCUGCGUCUUAUCGUCGAUCACAACAUCGCUGAUUACAUGACGGCCAAGAACAAUGUGGUCAUCAACUACAAGGACAUGAACCACACCAACUCUUACGGCAUCAUCAGGGGGCUGCAGUUUGCCUCGUUCAUCGUGCAGUAUUACGGCCUGGUGAUGGACCUGCUGGUGCUCGGCCUGCACCGCGCCAGUGAGAUGGCCGGCCCGCCUCAGAUGCCCAAUGACUUCCUCAGUUUCCAGGACACCGCCACGGAGAGCGCCCACCCAAUCCGACUGUACUGCCGCUACAUCGACCGCAUCCACAUCUUCUUCAGGUUCUCUGCUGACGAGGCCAGGGACCUGAUUCAGAGGUAUCUGACAGAGCACCCAGACCCCAACAAUGAAAACAUCGUGGGUUACAACAACAAGAAGUGCUGGCCCCGUGACGCCCGCAUGAGACUGAUGAAGCACGAUGUCAACCUUGGACGUGCAGUGUUCUGGGACAUCAAGAACCGACUUCCAAGAUCUGUGACCACAGUCCAAUGGGAAAACAGCUUUGUGUCAGUCUACAGCAAAGACAACCCCAACCUGCUCUUCAACAUGUGUGGCUUUGAGUGCCGCAUCCUCCCCAAGUGCCGCACCAGCUAUGAGGAGUUUACCCACAAGGACGGAGUCUGGAACCUGCAGAAUGAGGUAACCAAAGAGAGGACAGCGCAGUGUUUCCUGCGUGUGGAUGAUGAAUCAAUGCAGCGCUUCCACAACAGAGUGCGUCAGAUCCUGAUGGCCUCUGGAUCCACCACAUUCACAAAGAUCGUGAACAAAUGGAACACGGCUCUGAUCGGCCUGAUGACGUACUUCCGUGAGGCUGUGGUCAACACACAGGAGCUCCUAGAUCUGCUGGUGAAGUGUGAGAACAAGAUCCAGACCCGUAUCAAGAUCGGCCUCAACUCCAAAAUGCCUAGCCGCUUCCCUCCGGUGGUCUUCUACACUCCCAAAGAGCUGGGCGGCCUCGGCAUGUUGUCCAUGGGCCACGUGCUUAUCCCACAGUCAGACCUGCGGUGGUCCAAGCAGACAGAUGUGGGCAUCACCCACUUCAGGUCUGGAAUGAGCCAUGAAGAAGAUCAGCUCAUUCCUAACUUGUAUCGUUACAUUCAGCCGUGGGAGAGCGAGUUCAUUGACUCUCAGAGGGUCUGGGCCGAGUACGCCCUCAAGAGACAGGAGGCCAUCGCCCAGAACAGGCGUUUGACUCUGGAGGAUUUGGAGGACUCCUGGGACAGAGGAAUCCCCCGUAUCAACACACUUUUCCAGAAGGACAGACACACUCUGGCUUAUGACAAAGGCUGGAGAGUCAGGACUGAUUUCAAACAGUAUCAGGUGUUGAAGCAGAAUCCAUUCUGGUGGACCCACCAGAGACACGACGGUAAACUGUGGAACCUGAACAACUAUCGCACAGACAUGAUCCAGGCUCUGGGUGGAGUAGAGGGCAUCCUGGAGCACACGCUCUUCAAAGGCACUUAUUUCCCCACCUGGGAGGGUCUCUUCUGGGAAAAGGCCAGUGGCUUUGAGGAGUCCAUGAAAUGGAAGAAGCUGACCAAUGCCCAGAGAUCUGGUCUCAACCAGAUCCCCAACCGACGUUUCACACUUUGGUGGUCGCCCACCAUCAACAGAGCAAACGUGUAUGUGGGUUUCCAAGUACAGCUCGAUUUGACUGGAAUCUUCAUGCACGGCAAGAUCCCCACGCUGAAGAUCUCCCUCAUUCAGAUCUUCAGAGCUCACUUGUGGCAGAAGAUUCAUGAGAGCAUCGUCAUGGAUCUCUGUCAGGUGUUUGAUCAGGAGCUGGAUGCUCUGGAGAUCGAGACGGUGCAGAAGGAGACCAUCCACCCCAGGAAGUCGUACAAGAUGAACUCCUCCUGCGCUGACAUCCUCCUCUUUGCAUCAUACAAGUGGAAUGUCUCUCGACCAUCUCUGCUCGCUGACUCAAAAGACGUGAUGGACAGCACCACUACACAGAAGUACUGGAUUGACAUUCAGCUCCGCUGGGGCGACUACGAUUCUCACGACAUUGAGCGCUACGCCAGAGCCAAGUUCCUUGACUACACCACGGACAACAUGAGUAUCUACCCCUCCCCCACCGGGGUGCUCAUUGCCAUCGACCUGGCCUACAACCUCCACAGCGCUUAUGGCAACUGGUUCCCUGGAAGCAAACCUCUGAUCCAGCAGGCCAUGGCCAAGAUCAUGAAGGCCAACCCUGCCCUGUAUGUGCUCAGGGAGCGCAUCCGCAAAGGUCUGCAACUUUACUCCUCUGAGCCCACUGAGCCGUACCUGUCCUCACAGAACUACGGUGAACUCUUCUCCAACCAGAUCAUCUGGUUUGUGGACGACACGAACGUCUACAGAGUCACCAUCCACAAGACCUUUGAGGGUAACUUGACCACGAAGCCCAUCAAUGGAGCCAUUUUCAUCUUCAACCCCAGGACUGGCCAGCUCUUCCUCAAGAUCAUCCACACGUCCGUGUGGGCUGGACAGAAACGUCUCGGACAGCUGGCUAAAUGGAAAACAGCUGAAGAAGUGGCUGCCCUGAUUCGUUCACUGCCGGUGGAAGAGCAGCCGAAGCAGAUCAUCGUCACCAGGAAGGGCAUGUUGGACCCUCUGGAGGUCCACUUGCUCGACUUCCCCAACAUUGUGAUCAAGGGCUCAGAGUUGCAGCUGCCCUUCCAGGCCUGUCUGAAGGUGGAGAAGUUUGGAGAUCUGAUCCUGAAGGCCACAGAGCCACAGAUGGUGCUCUUCAACCUCUAUGAUGACUGGCUCAAGACCAUCUCAUCUUACACAGCCUUUUCCAGAUUGAUCCUGAUCCUCAGAGCGCUGCACGUCAACAACGACCGUGCCAAGGUCAUCCUGAAACCUGACAAAACAACCAUCACAGAGCCCCAUCACAUCUGGCCCACGCUCACUGAUGAGGAGUGGAUCAAGGUGGAAGUGCAACUCAAGGAUCUGAUUCUGGCAGAUUAUGGCAAAAAGAACAACGUGAACGUUGCUUCACUGACUCAGUCUGAGAUCCGUGACAUCAUCCUGGGUAUGGAGAUCUCCGCUCCAUCACAACAGCGUCAGCAAAUUGCCGAGAUUGAGAAGCAGACCAAAGAGCAGUCGCAGCUCACAGCCACGCAGACCCGCACUGUCAACAAGCACGGAGAUGAAAUCAUCACCUCCACAACCUCCAACUAUGAGACCCAGACAUUCUCCUCCAAGACUGAAUGGAGAGUCAGGGCCAUAUCUGCUGCCAACCUCCACCUCCGAACGAACCACAUCUACGUCUCAUCUGAUGACAUCAAGGAAACAGGAUACACCUACAUCCUGCCCAAAAAUGUCCUCAAGAAGUUCAUCUGCAUCUCAGAUCUGCGAGCACAGAUUGCAGGCUACCUGUACGGCACCAGCCCUCCAGACAACCCCCAGGUGAAGGAGAUCCGUUGUAUCGUCAUGGUGCCUCAGUGGGGCACACACCAGACUGUCCACCUGCCCAACCAGCUGCCUGGUCAUGAAUACCUUAAAGAAAUGGAGCCCCUUGGCUGGAUCCACACACAACCUAAUGAGUCUCCACAGCUGUCACCACAGGACGUCACCACCCAUGCCAAGAUCAUGGCCGACAACCCCUCUUGGGACGGAGAAAAGACCAUCAUCAUCACUUGCAGCUUCACCCCAGGCUCAUGCACACUCACCGCCUACAAGCUGACACCCAGCGGGUACGAAUGGGGUCGGCAGAACACGGACAAGGGCAACAACCCUAAAGGUUACCUACCAUCUCACUAUGAGAGAGUGCAGAUGCUGCUCUCUGACCGCUUCCUGGGCUUCUUCAUGGUGCCUGGACAAGUCUCCUGGAACUACAACUUCAUGGGCGUGCGCCAUGACCCCAACAUGAAGUACGACCUGCAGCUGGCCAACCCCAAGGAGUUCUACCACGAAGUCCACCGGCCCUCACACUUCCUAAACUUUGCCUCGCUGCAGGAGGGCGAGAUCUACAACGCAGACCGCGAGGACAUGUACGGCUGAGGGUCGACGCACCGCUCUCAACGUGUUUUGUAGAUAGCUCUGCCAGAAUCAUGUGGAGCCAGUCCAGAACAGCACACCCUGUAAUAUUUCUAUUGAACACAUUUAACUGCGAUGUUUGGAAAUUUUUAUGUUGAGGCGUUCGGACCUUUUAGUAAUUUGUUAUUUUGAUAUUUUCUACAAAUGUUUUUUUUUUUCUCUUUCUUUAUUACAGUCAGGCUUCUUAGAGCAAGUCUUUGAUUUUUGUGUAUUCUCGUUGUUCAUUUGUGUGUAGUUUGGUACACAAUACAUUGGUGUAAUCUGCUGAAUUACAUUAUUACAGAAAGAUGAGGACUUACUUCCUCUUAUCCCUUAAGAAAGCGAAAGUUGAAUUUUCAAGCCGGUAAUUUCCCUGUUACUGUGUUGUACUGUGACAUUGUAGCUUGGGUUUAAAUAAAGAUCACAAUUUUUAUAA